AUGUUCACAUCAACUCUCCUCACUCUCCUCCUCUCCACUGCGGCUCUCGCAAUCCCCUCCCCACCUAACACUCCCCACACCGCCGCCGCCGUUGCCCCCUUUUACUCAGCCCAAGGCUACAGUCCCUAUGUCUCCACCCUCACAGUCACCUCCUUCACCACCAUCUACACGCCCGCCGCCGCCCUGACAUCUGCCGAAGCAAACGACACACUCACAUCGUCUUCGCCGGCGUCCUCUUUUUCCGCAACCCUCACAGUGGACAUGACGUCGACGGCUACAACCACUAUGACGGCGGUGCUCGAGGCUAGCACGACGACUGUACUGGAUACUAUGACUAUCGGGACGGGUACCGUGAGUGCGACGGGGACGGAGAGUAGUAUGCCUACGCCUAGUCGGUUGGCUGGUAUCUACAUCUGCUCAGACAUCAACUGGGAAGGCUCAUGCAUCCACUAUUCAACCCCACUCGGUGGCUCCCCGUCAUCCUGUACCACGCUGGAUGGUAAGGCGUCGAGUGUGGGGCCGGACAUGGGGUUUAAUUGUAUUUUCUAUGCCAACGCCUACUGUGACGCCCUCUUUGCAGACGGCCGCGAUGUCCUCUCCCUCUCGUACCCAGGUAACGCGGAUCUGAGGACUACGAGCAAGGGGGACUGGAAUGAUAAGGUGUGGAGUUAUCAGUGCUUUGAGGGGGCGGAUUGA